AUGAUUGAUUCAUCGGUUGAUAUUGAUGAAAUAUCAUAUGAACUUGAUAUGCCAGAUAUUUUUGCAUCAUUUGAACGACUUGUUUUUUCUAUAUAUCCAACUGGUGUAUUUCUUCGUCAUCAAUUAGCACGUACAACAUGGAUAGAUCUUGAUUUACGUGCUCAACAAAUUCUUUCAGAUCACAGUAAAACUCGUCGUAAUCAAUUAGAAGAAUUAUGUUUUGAAAUCAAUGCAUUUAUUUUUGCAUUAUAUGUUUAG